CUAGACAAAUGUGAGCAUUUGUAGGUUGAAUAUUCUUCAAAAGAUUUGUGGGCUGGGCGGGGGAAAAUGGAGGUUAAUAUGCAGAUGGAGGGUGUCAAUAAUGGUGGAUCAGAACAAGCCAGCAGUUCAGAUGAUGGGCAGCUUGUUGUAGCUUUAAGGGAGAUGAUGAGAAAGGAAAUUGAGGUGACGGUGAUCCGGACUGUUAAGCGAGUGAUUGUGCCGCUUGUGGAGGAUUUGAUUCGUAAAGUUGUAAAAGAGGAAAUUCAAUCAGCUCAAGAGAAGUUUUUGAUUGGUGGAAAGCGGAGCCAUGCAAAUGAGAUGGCCAUGUCAAAGGAAAGAAGUUUACAUCUUACGUUCUUAGAUGAAGUGUCUGGUCCAGUUCUUACCGGCAAGGCAAUUGAAGGAAAAGGAGGUACCCCAAUGAGAGUGGGUCUUGUUGACAAGAUAACCGGGCAGGUCGUUGACUGUGGGCCUGAAUCUUCUGCCAAGGUGGAGAUAGUAGUUCUUGAGGCUGGUGACAAUGAUAAUGAACAGAACUUGAGUCUUGAAAAUUUUAACGAUAGGAUUAUUAGGGAAAGUGAUAAGAAGAAGCCUCACUUUCCAAAAAGUAACUAUAUAUAUCUUAAGGAAGGUGUCGGCAUUUUAUGUAAUGUCAAGCUGGGACAUGAUUCAAGAUGGAUGAAGAGCUGCAAGUGCCGGCUGGGGGCAAGAAUUGUGGAGAAUUUUGGUGCUAUUAAAGUUCAAGCAGCAUGGACAGAGUCAUUUAUGGUCUCAGAUAGCCGCAGCAAGUUGUAUGAGAAACACUACCCUCCAUCGCUUUUGGAUCCUGUUUGGAGAUUGGAUAACAUCGGGAAAGAUGGCGCCCGAUGUCGGCGGUUGAACAAGAACAAGGUUUUGACUGUCCAAGAUUUUCUGUUUUUGCACUCUAUCCAUCCCGAGAGGCUCCAAAAUAUAGUCGGUGUUGGUGCUGAGAUCUUGAAGGCGACACUGGAUCAUGCUCGGACCUGCAAUAUUGAUGACAAAAGGAUAUACUUAUACUAUCCUUCCUCGGAACUGAAAAUGGGCGUGGCUUUUGACGUUGUUGGAGGACUAAAGGGGGUGGUAAUCCAUGACUCGCACUAUAUUCCAAAUAAUCUUCUAUCUGAAAAUGAAAAGGAUUGUGCACACAACCUACUACUGUCCGCAUUUGAAAAUCGGCAGGAUAUAACUUACUUUAACGAUGAAACAGCCCUUCUGCACCAAUUUCCACAUAGAUCAAGUUACAUCGGUGCAGCCUCACACUCCUCCAUCGAGGAUGGUCUCCAUGACCAGCAUCUCACCAUCUCUAAAAGCACUAACGGGUAUGAUCCCACCGAGCCAGGUACCUCAUCUCAGAGCAUUAGUCCAUCUGUCAGACCAUAUGGUAAUCCAAACACUAACCAUCAUUUUGGCUCUCUUGGAUCAACAACCAUGGGACAACUACAUGACCCCUAUUUGGGUGUCCCCAACCAGAGCCCAACUUCCUCGUUUUGUGAUCUUAAUUGUCUUUUAGAAAAUUUUGGAGACAAUGAGAAUCUAAUGUCUCUAAUUUUUCCUGAGAGGAACAACUCCUCCGAGUCCCUCAGGGCUGAAUCACAUUCUCGUCAACAAAGUAAUGCUGGCAGCAUCCACUUAGUUAUGGCUAUUAUGCUUUGGAUGUUUCGAGCGAGAAAGAGAGUUAUGGCUUUGGGAGGUGUUCAUGUUCAGAAACGGCGCAGAAUUUAACAGAUACCUAUACAUACAAGGAAACAACUGUUAGAAUGCUGUCAAUGGAAGUUGGGGAAAUUCCAUCCUGGAUGGGGUUUGGUUAAAUCCAAGCUGAUCACAUGGCGAGUACAUUGCACCUGUCACAUUGGUGUACAAUUUAAGAGAACGGCCAAAAUGUGAUUGGUUGGGUGUGCCAACCUGGUUCCUUGGUGGAUUUGAGAAGGCAGCUUGGCUAGCGCCUGCGGAUCUCCAACUGCUCCAAAUCUUAAUACAUUUAAUUCCGUCAAUGGAGCCUGUGGUCUGAGAUCGUUAUUACAUUUCAUGCAUGCUAAGUGUACAAGGAAGGGGAAAGAAUGGAUCUCCGUUAUGCACUCAAGAACACUACAGCAUAACUUCAUUACCUCUCGGCUGCUGAUUGUGAAACUUGAACUUGUGAAAUACGGUUAAGCGUUGCACUUGAGACUGUCUAUGAGAAGCAUCAUGCAAACUAGUCAAACACCCUUUGUAGAGACCAUCUCCCAGAAGUGAUGCUUCUGAAGAGUUUCCUGUUUGUGUUUGAUGACGGGCGGUUUUGUAUACAAUCCUACAUUUCACAAGACUUCUUGCAUGUGGGAUGCAGUUUGAAGAUGCAUUUGCAGGAAUUACCCGGACCAAAGAGAGACGUGAAGAGUGUGCAGGAUGCAGUUUUACAUGGAACGGCUGAAGCGUUCUUGAACUGAAAGACGGAAACCGGCUGCAGAAAGAGCUUCAGGGUAUGUUUUAUGCUAUCCAUCUUUGAGUCCGGAGAACAAGAAGCUGCAAACUUCUUGUCUUAUUGGUAAUAUGACAUUUAGACAUAGUGAAAACCAAUGUUAGUUUCUCUUUCAAAGACUUGUUUGAAUGUUGAAAUAUGUAAGCAAGGACCUGAGUUUGCUUAGAAGCCAGUUACAGCAUUCUUUCUUUGAACUCCAGCUUUAUGGUAUUUCGGAAACUUGUUUGUUGGGCAACCAAACAUGGUAUUAAGAGGAAAUUAACAUACUGGUCCGAACCUAUGUUUAACCCGAUCAAAUAUCUUUGCA